AUGUUUAGACAGCAGCAAGCUAAUGUACUACAAACAGGUGUUAUGGAUAUCAAACACUUGCUCUGUCAUCCAUGCGAUCCAUAUCCGCUUCCUUCUGCUAUAGGUGAAAAGAAAUCACCAUCGGCAGUUUGCUUUCAAUCGACUCCAGUUUAUGAUCCGAUUCGCGAGCAUAAUUGGUACGACAGCAGCAAUCUCAUUGUUCCACACAAUACGCCUGCCUAUCAACAACAAGUAGCAUCGCCAUCAUCACCACCACCACCACCAGGAUUAGUACGUAGUCGUACAUCGAGUGAUGUAUCAUCGGUUGCAUCAGCCAGCCCUAAAGAAUGGCCCAUGUAUCCAACAACGCCACGAGAUGAUGACAUGAGCGUGAGCCCAUAUUUUGGUAGUGGUCCUUCAACAAGCACUGGAAGUAGCACCGUUAGCAGCAACAGCAAUAGCAGCUUGGCUCGAUACAGAGCACCCUCAUCACGCCGAUCACGAUCACCAUCCACGGCUGCUGGUGGUGGUAGUAGUAGCAGCAUGGCUAACACACCUGUGCAAACACGAAUGGCAUGGACACCAACAGAAGAUGAUUUACUACAACAAGGCUAUGACGAAGGUUUAUCUUGGGCUAUGAUCUCAGCAACCUAUCUGCCACACCGCUCACGCGGUUGUUGCUGGGGCCGUUUCAAGACCCUGCAAAGCAAAAACUUGGUCGAUCCCAAACGACAAAAUGCGCGUUUAUUCCGUAGACCUUGGAAAGCUAUCCACGGUGUCAACAAGCGUCAAUGA